AUGUCCUUGUGUCUAAACCGCCUCCAAGAGGAGAGGAAACAGUGGCGUCGGGAUCACCCGUUCGGCUUCUACGCGCGACCUGUACGGGGGGCAAAUGGCGUACUGGACCUCAAGAACUGGGAAGUGGGCAUUCCAGGAAGAGACAACACCAUCUGGCAAGGUGGAUUGUUCAAGUUGACGCUUACCUUCCCUGACGAGUAUCCUACCAAGCCGCCUAAGUGUCGUUUCGUGCCUCCACUGUUCCACCCCAACGUCUAUCCCUCCGGCACAGUCUGUCUCUCGAUCCUCAAUGAAGAAGAAGGGUGGAAGCCGGCUAUUACCAUUAAGCAGAUUCUGCUCGGCAUCCAAGACUUACUCAACGAUCCCAACCCAGAAUCGCCCGCCCAAGCAGAGGCGUACAAUCUGUUCAAGAAAGAUAAAGCUGCAUACGAGCGGAAGAUCAAGAGCAUAGUCAAGGAGAAUCCGGCACCCUGA